AGAGACAGACAGAGAGACGCUGACCAUCACAGCAGGCUACCAGUGGACUAAACUCUAGCUCCAAUUACGCACAGUGCUAUUGAACUAUUUUAUAUCAAGCAGAAGAAGAAGAAUGGGACUGCACAGUGUUGAGGAACUGGUAUCCGGUAAGAGGGCAGAGGGCAAGGAGGCAGCAGACUUCCAAGGGGGCGAGUAUGAGGCGGCUGUCGGUCAAGAGAAGCAGGAUGACCGCAGGUCCCACAGCGAGCUGGUGGGCGAAGGUCUGUCAGAGGAGAGCGACAGUGGCAGUGAACAUGAGGAAGUCAGCGUGGCAGCUCUCAAUACGGAUAAAAGCGGCAGGCUGAAGUUGGAGACGGUGGAUGACCUGUUCAACAUCCUGCAGCUGAGGAAGAGGAGGAGGGAAAGGAAGGCUCCCGUCCACAAGAAACAACAGCCAGAGCCUGAGCUCGUGCCAGAGUUUGUGGAUGAGCAGAUGUUUCUGACAGCAGCCAUGGAGAACAAAAUGGCUGUGGUGGAGAAGUACCUGGCUGAUAAAGGAAACCCCAACGCAGCUGACCAUUUCCAGAGAACUGCUCUGCACAAAGCCUCAUUCAAAGGACAUGUGGAGGUCAUGAAAAGACUUCUGGAGGCCGGUGCUUCCAUCGAGAAAAAAGACAAGCUGGAGGCCACAGCAGUCCACUGGGCCUGCAGAGGAGGCAGCCUGCCGGCCCUGCAGCUGCUGCUUGACCAGGGAGCCAAGUUCACCUACAGAGACAAGCUGCAGAGCACUCCUCUCCAUGUUGCUGUGAGGACAGGACACUGUGAGUGUGCCGAGCAUCUUAUUCACUGUGGAGCAGACGUCAACGCCAAAGACAGAGACGGAGACACGCCCAUGCAUGAUGCUGUGAGGAUAAACAGAUUCAAGAUGAUCAAGCUGCUGAUGAUGUACGGGGCCAGUCUCAACACCAAGAACUGUGAUGGAAAAACUCCACUGGAGACACUGAAUUCAUGGCAGAAUGGAGCCAAGAGCCUCCUGUGUAACUUCAGCCAGGAGAAGCCCAACCAGUAGAGCCCGACACAUUCCAGUAAAACCAGGAAUUCGACAUGAAACUCAGCCACAAGAUCUGCUGGCUUAUCAGGAAAGAAAGUGUUAGAAAAGAGAAAAUUCUAUUUUUCUAGCCCAUUCUGGUCAUUUCCAUACUGCGGUGCACGACGCACACAAGUCUUCUUUUAAUAUCUAUUUAUCCAGUGAGGCUGUGCCGAGUGUUCACCUCACAUUCAAACUGUCUCACAUGUUGACGGACAGAUAUCGACCCCCUCAGGGAAAGACUGCGAUUAAAUCUACAGUUAGCUCAGCUGGAGCAUUUAGAUGUUGGAAGAUAUCUUAAUUUAAAGAGCAUUGGUCCUUACCUGGUUCAGGGAUCUGAACUAGCAACCUCACUAACCUGAACGCUACCGGCAGGGUUAGACUAUCACAUAUGACAUGUUCUUUACACAUCUUACAGUCACAUGAGCAGCAGGAACUUAAACAAUGAUCAACAAUGUGAAUUCUAAUCAGGAUGUUGUUAAUAAUACGACUAUUAGCACUGAUAGAUUCAUUGAUCGCCAAAUAUUGCUGGACAAUGUCUCGGCUGACAACAUGAAGAUGUUUUUUUUUCCUUCUUUUUCUUAAUUUUUACUCAAAGCUGAGUUGAAGUCAGCAAUACUGCAUCGAGAAGAUGACAUAUUUAUUAAUUAUUGACAGCCAUCAGCAAUCGAUUUAUUGGGUCUGAUUGAUUCAUUUUGCUUAAUGACUGAGUGACUUUCUAGAGUUAUACUGUAGUUGGUUUGAUUAUUUUUUAUGGUUAACCAAUUAUAUUAACUUAGAAUGUACUGAUUUUCAUUUACUAACCAAUGGAAGCAACUGGGCGAUAGUGAUGAGUUUUUUUCAGAUGCACAUCACCUGGUUCACUGUCUUUGUAGUCCCAUUGAAUCAGCACACUGUGGAUCAAUUCCAAUGUUAAACUGAAGUUAUUUAUCUGUAUGAGUUAUAAAAAUGGAGGAGUGGAGCCUCCUCUUGCUGUUAGAUGAUGUGUGUUGUUAUACUUAAACAUUCAGAUGAGUUAAACCAAGUUCUUUGGUCUUAUGCAUUGUAACAUUGAGCGAUAAGACAGGAUGAAGUACGUUUUUGAUCAGGAUGGGAGAAAUAUCUCCACUCCGCUUGUUGAUGAUAAGAUUUACACUUUAACUAUGGUUUUUGUUUUAGUUUCUCUGGACAAGAGCAAAACUUAACUGCCAAGUGCCUUAGCAAAACAGUAACUUUUCAGUAAUUAGUAUCUCGUUCCUAAAAUGUUGAGGCAGAGGGUACUUGCUGUAGCUCUGGUUGAGGCAGAGAGGCUGUCAGUAAAUAGUUUGUUGGGCACAGGGAAGCAGAGAUCUGUGUGGGUACAUGAGACCCUAAAAAAGAGGGUGGAUCACGGGGAGUACCACCUGUUGGUCCAGGAGCUUCGCAUCCAUUAUGGACAUUUCCAGGGGAUGUUUUAGGAUGACUCGGGGGCAGUUUGACAACCUGCUGUCUAUCGUCGGGCUGUAUAGCUCUGGGUAUCCCGCAACCGCUACCACCAGUUUCUCCUCCAUUUUUUACCAACUGAAAACUUGUUGUUGUGACCAGAGAGAAAGCCCGCCUCUCAAAUUAUCCAAUUGGACAAUGGCGAAAAAAGAGCUGACGUGGGGCACUUUUCUGCUCUGAGUUGAAGUUUUUUCAACUGGACGAGUUCAGAACCCUCCAGCAAAAAUGCCUAGUGCCUAGAGCUCAGAAGCCAAGGUGUUUCACAACCCAAAAACGGCGAGCAAAAAGCUUCAUUCUCCUUCAAAACCAUUACAAAGAGGCGCCUCCAGCUGCUAAAACACUUUGUGUGUGAUCAGGGCCUUAAGAUGUGUUGUUUCACAGAGCGUCUUCCAGUCCAGUCUCAGUUAUUUCAUUCAUUAUAUUUAAGAGAACUUUUUUCUUCAGACUCAAAACAUUAUUUAUUAUUGUAAAAAUUUGUUUCAGUUUAUUAUUUAUUGUUGUCACAAACAGUUGGCAACCCAACAACCUUGUUUAUCUAAUCUUCCUCAGACACAUUGUUUAGACGUCUGUAGGUCUCGACCUCACGCAGCCUUCGGACAAAGUUCAUCUUGUUACCAUUUUCCCAGUUUCUCCCACUGAGGCUCAAUUUGAGCAUCUUGGGUCCAAACAAUUUAUCAUCACCUAUGUGAUACAAGAAGAGCUUCAACUGGCCCCGACUCUACAGCAGUAUGACCGUGGCAUGCCAGCUGCUGGCCCCUUUUGUUUUGCUGCAAUAAAAAUGAUCACACAAGCAAACGAGUGUGAGAGGGAAGAAGCUGAAAAGUCUUUGUUGGUUCAGAGGAUGUUUGACAUGAAGUAUUCAUGUGGAUGAAACAGAUCUUGAUAUAUGAAUUGUAAUCAGAUUUAUUUUUUAUUGUUGAAGAUGGAUGUACAUUUUGCCUUGUAUUUAUGGAUUAAUUGAAUAAAACUAAGUUUGAA